CUUCCGGCCCGUAUUCCGAACGGGGGAGGCGCGGGUCUCUGGUGGAGCGGACCCCCCUCUUUCCCCUACAGGGCGGCGGUUUUCCAGACUUCGAUAACGUCUCCGUCCCUGUUUUGCCAGAGCAGACCAGUCGCAAAGGCUAUUUGAAGAAUUUGACCCAAACAUGGACAUCAGACCAAAUCAUACAAUUUAUAUCAACAAUAUGAAUGACAAAAUUAAAAAAGAAGAAUUGAAGAGAUCCUUAUAUGCCCUAUUUUCUCAGUUUGGGCAUGUGGUGGAUAUUGUGGCUCUGAAGACUAUGAAGAUGAGAGGGCAAGCCUUUGUUAUAUUUAAAGAACUGGGCUCAUCCACAAAUGCUUUGCGACAGUUACAAGGAUUUCCAUUUUAUGGCAAACCAAUGCGAAUCCAGUAUGCUAAAACAGAUUCUGAUAUAAUAUCUAAAAUGCGUGGUACCUUUGCUGACAAAGAAAAGAAAAAGGAAAAAAAGAAAGCUAAAACUGUGGAGCAGGCUGCAACAACUGCAAACAAAAAGCCUGGACAGGGAACACUAAAUUCAGCUAAUCCCCAAGGGAAUUCAACACCAAAUCCUCAGGUCCCUGAUUACCCUCCAAACUAUAUUUUAUUCCUUAAUAACUUGCCAGAAGAGACUAAUGAGAUGAUGCUAUCCAUGCUGUUCAAUCAGUUCCCUGGUUUCAAGGAAGUCCGUCUGGUACCUGGGAGGCAUGACAUCGCUUUUGUUGAAUUUGAAAAUGACGGGCAGGCUGGAGCUGCCAGGGACGCUUUGCAAGGUUUUAAGAUCACACCGUCCCACGCCAUGAAGAUCACCUAUGCCAAGAAAUAACAUUUGGGAUAGUCAUCCUUAAAGGACUUGGCACUAUUUAUAGUGUUCGUUUUGAUAACAUUCAGUCAGGUCAUUUAAUGUUGAGGUGGGAAAGGACUGAAAGUAAAAUUGUUGUGACAUUUUAAAAAAAUCAUCUAGUUUUUCUUUAGCUUUAGUUAACUGUGAAAUAUCAAGGCCUUAAUUUUGUACAAUAAACUUUUAUUUGUAUUCUACAUAUUUAGUGCUCUGUUUAUUGGCCCAUUGCCCUAUCAAGAACUUACUCUAGAACACAUCUUAAGAUAGAUAAAAUUAAAAUAGGUUUUUUUCUGUUAUUUAGGAACAACUAAUGAUACAGCACCAUUGAUCCAUUCUAACAAAAGCUCAAGAGAAUUAGAUCAUACCAACUAGUAAACAUCUAUAACAGUGGUAGUUAAAACCAUCAUCCCAGACAUUAGAAAAAAGGGAGGCGAGCAGGAUAUAAUUUGAUAUUUGUAUUCUCCAAAGCAAUGAGUAUAAUACGUUGCUGCUUGUAAAGAUUUCAUAAAACUUGGCAUU